AUGUCAAACUCGAAUGCACAAUCAGAUGCUCCUUCCAACCCGCCACCCCGCUAUGUCCCUCCGCAUCGCAACGGCACUGUGAGCGACCAGCGCUACUCGAAAGAACAAUUACUCGACUUCUACAAGGCCCAACAAAGCACGGACGACGGCCUGAAAGAUGGCCUGCCGGACUUGUACGUGGGAGGCUGGCAUCCAGAUAUCGCGAACGGCUCAUCUUCUGCAUCGUGGGGCAGGGCAGAACAUACUCGUGACGCGCAGCCCGGGCCAGACCUUUGCUGGGACAAAGAUGGGAGUGUACAGCCUCUCGGCCUGCGGGAGAUGGACGAUGAGGAGAGGGAACUUUUCUCGACUUCCGUCAACUCUCCCAUUCGCCCACCCACGAACAAUAAAGACGGACAGCAGUCAAAUGGCAUGUCUGGGCGCAAGACUUCUAUCUCGGGCAAUGCCACCAAUUCCGGCGGCUACGGACUUCCAUCUCCUAGUGUAGCUAGGGGAUUUGGACGCCGCCGGGAGACAAGCGAGUCCUACCCCUUUCCGAGCAAUUCUAUGGCAUCGCCCUCCACCACGCGUGAAGACCAGCGCGCGCCAUCACCACCACCAUCUCUGAUUCGCCGGCGCACCGAUAUUCGCGAGAGUGGCAAAUCGCACGACUUCGACAACGAGCACGAAAAGUCAGCAACAACGCCAUUCGGGACCUUGAAGCGAAACCCCACCGGACCACUGAGCGCGGGCUUCGGCGCACCGUCUUCUCCUUGGACUGCUGGUCCGCAAAGCGCGGGUCUGUCGCCGAUGGGCUCCUUUGGCAAUUUCGGUCUUGGCGGUCAGCAAAGUGAGAAGCGUGCAGCUGGCGGGAGCGGUCGGCCCGAAAGCCGUUUCAAGAACCUCCUCACUAAAGAUAGCAACGAGGAUCUCGGAUCGCCGACUGUGCAGCGAAAGAGUAGUAUGUCUAGCUUGUCACGGGUCAAUGAGAAUGAAUCGUGGCGAUCACUCGACAAUCCUCCUGCUCCGCUCCCGGAAGCUGAAGAAGAGCUGUCGGGAAGUGCUGCGUUGGCUGCUGGAUCUGAUCUGAGCCCACUACAUGCUAGGCAGGGCGCGCGUGGCUUUGGCACACCUAGCAGGUCAAGCACUUUGGAAGAAGGUGGUAUCGGCGCCUUCGGCAUGACUUCUGAUAACGCGAUGGGUUCUGGUCAAGGGUUCUUGCAGAAUAGGGAUGCCUUCCAUCAGACGCCCGCCGCACAACGCUCUGGAUUGCAGCUUGGCGGCCAUGAACCGAUGAGCCCCACGGACUCCAAUCCAUACCGCUCGCCCGAGCAUGGGGUUGAUCGCUUGACUGAGAACACCGAUGCUGAGAGCCAUGAAAUGCACAAUGCGCCUUUACAAGGUCUCGGUGGCUUUGGACAGGAGCAGGGCCAUCUUGGAGGUCUUGGUGGCCUAGGCUCGUUCCAGAACAUUGGCCGUGCGCCACCUACACAAGGCAGCGUUGGCGAUCGUAGCCAGACAGGCAGUGUUGCUGGUAAUCGUGGUUUCGCCGGUCUUGGUGGUCUGGGUCAGCUCGGUGGCGCGUCUGGUUCUGGUGCAUGGCCCGCUUCGCAACCAGGCUUCGGCACGCCAGGACGACAGACUUCGGGCUUGUCGAGCGCUUUUGGCGGUGGCAUCUUCGCCACCUCUACUGCUGAGAUGCAGUCUCCAAGCCUAGCUGGGCUUGGCGGAUCAGGUAUGUUUGGUCAACAGGGUGCUGGUGGAUUUGGCGGCAGCAGAAUGGCUAGCAUGUUCCCACAAGGCAUGCAGGAUCAGAUGCGCGAUGGCAGCAUCGAGAGGGGUGCGCAGCAAGGGUUCGGCGGUCUAGGUGGGCUUCCGUCUGAUCUGCAAAAUCCUUUCGGCGGUAUGCCAGCUCUUGGACAGUCUUCAGACAUGCAGCAGCCAUUUGGCGGACUAGGUCACCAUCCACCUCCUAUGGGCGAACCAUCUCAAUUGCAGAGCGAUGAUCAGGUCACACCACAACAGCAGCAGCCACCUGGCAGCUCGGCAUCGAAUCAGCCACCGGCACCUCAACAAAGGACCAUGGUUAUGCCGGAUAGGAUGCGCUGGAUCUACCGCGAUCCACAAGGUCAAACACAAGGACCGUGGACCGGACUCGAGAUGCACGACUGGUACAAGGCCGGCUUCUUCUCACCUGAGCUUUUGGUCAAAAAGUACGAAGACAUCGAAUACGAGCCUCUGGCGCAAUUGAUCCGUCGAAUUGGAAACUCUAGGGAACCUUUCCUUGUCCCGCAGAUCGGCAUCCCACAUGGCUCAGCUACUUCUACCGGCAAUCCUACAGCCUGGGCUGGCCAACCCACUGGUGUCAGUCCACCUGGUCCGACGUCCGCUGGUGGCGUACAGCCGCCUUUCGCGUCUAGCUUUCCCAGCUUUGGCACUACUCUGACGGCUGACCAGCAGAAUGCACUCGAGCGUAGGAAGCAAGAAGAGCAAUAUCUGAUGGCGCGACAGAAGGAGCAUCUGGCUCAAGCACAGAUGGCACAGCGUAUGGGUGGGCCUGGCCAGCAUGGCUUGGCACCUGGUAGUGGAAAUGGCCAGCUUCAUCAUCACAGUAGUGCGCAGAGCUUGCAUUCACAGCCAAGCUUCGGAUCCGUGACAAGCCCGAGUAAUGGUGCUUUCCAAUCCAGUCCCAGCCAUGGACCUUCUGGUGCUGUGCCCGGCUUCUUCGAUAACUCUUUUCGCUCGCCGCAGGGUGUAGGGCUGGGUGCGGUGGGUGCCGGCGUGGACACUCUGGGCCAUAUUCGUGAGGAGGAGAUUCCAGGUAUCAUGGACAGACUCAACAUUGGCGAACGCAGAACGCAAGGUCAAUUUGGUGCACCAGGGCAGCCGAUCGGCCAGCAGCAAGCACAGACACAGCCUCAACAUGAGCAGCAGGUUCAGCAGAUGUUGCAGGACCGCGCUAGAUUGCAGCAGGAGCAAGCUCAGCAUGAUGCGAAGCAAGCACAAACCACAAAUGAACAACCAAUGCCAAACGAGCGACUUCAGCAGUUCAAGCAGCUGCAGGGCCAGGCACUUGAUGCACGAUUCCAGACAUCUAUUAGCAAAUCCUCGGCGUCCGAGCAGCAGACGCCGACUACUCAGAGCAGUGUCGCAUCGCCAAUCGUACCACAGGAGCCAAUGUCUCUGACCGAACAAGUAGAGGCAGCCGUUUCUGCACAGCAGUCUCCGGUACCUGCACAAAUCGGCAUGCCCAUGCCAUUUCCGCCUGCACCAUCGCAGUCACCUCUCCCUGCUCCUGCUGCUCAACGCACUGGUCGUACUAGUGUGGCAGAUCAGUUGCAGACCGAAUCGAGGGACCUGUCACAGACGCCAUCGGUCGAGACACCUAGUGCGGCUAUGGCACCGUGGGCAAAAGAGCAGGCCGAGGCACCUAAGGGUCCAUCACUGAGAGAGAUCCAGGAGAUUGAAGCAAGGAAGGCAGCCGAAGCAGAAGCUAUUGCCAUCGCUGCCAGGCGUGCACUUGCACAAAAGGAAAUGGAAGAUUUGGUAGCAGCACAACAGCAGCAUGUCGCUCCUCAACCAGGUCUCCCGGCUUCUGCGAGCUGGGGCGCAACCGCCUCGCCCGCUACACCAACUAACACGAUGUCAGCCGCCUGGACAAAAGCAGCGCAGAAGGCUGGCGGCCCAGCAAAGACAAUGGCUCAGAUCCAGAAAGAAGAAGAAGCGCGUAAGAAGCGUCUAGUAGCAGCAGCCGCCACCGUCCAAGCCUCAGCCAUGGCUUCCGUAGCAGCACCAGCAGGCAGUAAAAGCUACGCCAACCUCGCGGGCAAAGUCUCCGCGCCCUCGCCCGGUGCGGGUGGGAAUAGUGCGUGGACGACUGUGGGCGCGAGCGGCAAGCCUAAGACGCCUGCUGCUGGUCCCGCACCUGCUACGCCAGUUGCCGCUUUACCGAGGACUGUGAGUUCGGGGAUCGUGCCGGGUGCCCUUGCGGCGGGGCAGCGCAAGACGCCUAGUCGGAGCGCGACGAUGAACAAUGGGGCUGGGGCUGCGAUUGCCAAUGCGCAGGAGGAGUUCCGGAAGUGGGCUGUGGGGGAGCUGAGGGUGGAUUUGAAUAAGGGGAUUUCUGCCGAAGACUUUGUCGAAACCCUCUCCGUCCUCGGCACCGACCGUGAUAUGAUCACCGAAGCCGUCCACGGCGUCUCGCACACCAUCGACUCUCGACACUUCGCGGAGGAAUUCCUCCGACGGAAGAAGCUGGCGGAGAAGGGCGUGGUGGAGCUUUCGGCGCCGAAGAGUACGGCGAGUCCGGCUGCCGGGGCGGCGAAUGGGGCGAGUGGGUGGUCAGAGGUGGCGAAGAAGGGGCCGGCGGGUGUUGGGGGUGGGGUUGGGAAGGAGGGGAGUGGGAAGGAGGGGGAGAGUAAUGGGGCUUUUAGGGUUGUGCCGGCUAAGAAGAAGGGGAAGAGGUAG